ACGAGGACGGAAGCGCGCGAGGGACAAAACGGCCGCGGCAAGGUCACGUGCCCCCGGCAGGAGCCUAUGAAAGCGAGCGCCGCUGGGGAUGCUGCUUCCGCUGUUUGGUUGCUAUGUCGGAGCUGGGCGAGGAGCAGGAGCAGCCCUGUGGUGCUGCCGCCGCCGCCGCUCCUUUUUCUCCUCAGGAGGGCGGCCGGGGUGAAGGGGGCGAAGAUGCCCCGGAGGGCGGGGCCGGGCCUACGCUGGGGGUGCUGGAGUCGGCUCCCGCUUCGGCCGUUUCCCCGGUGACCGAGGAACCUGCGGGAGACGCCAGGAAGAAAAGUAAACGGGGGGGGGGGUGGCGAAAGGGCCGACGCCCCGAAAGGGAGAGGCGGAGGGAGGGAGGGUCGUAUUGGGCGCCCGAGGCAGGUAUCGCAGGCCUCCCUGAACGGCUGAGGGCUCACGCUGUCCUGUCAAGUUUCUAAAAGGUCCCGAUCUAUUGUCCCGCUUACCUGCCAGUUGUGCUUCCGUUGAUCUUGCUCUGCGCCCCAGGCCUCCAUGAAUCGAAUGAUUUCUUCUGGUUCCCUACCAAUAAAUGACACCCGUAUUACUAAAUUUUAUUGUAUGUAUACAUGGGUGUAGCCAGGAUUGGGAGCCGCCGAGAGUGGCUGGGGAAACCCAGCCAGAUGGGCGGGGUAUAAUUAUUAUUAUUAUUAUUAUUAUUAUUAUUUACGUUAGGGGUGGGCAGGACACCCACCUGUCACCAUCCUCCCUCUGGCUCUGUCUAGCAGAUUUGGACCGAAACGUCUCAACAGUAGUUGUUUUAAAUUACUUUUUUUACCCCAAAUGUUCAGAAAAAUAUCAAAUCUACAAUUUCUACUUUUAGUUAAGUAUUUUUAUUUACUUGAUUUGAGAACACAGCUCCCCCCCCCCAGCUACACCCAUGUAUGUAUAUCCUCAAGGGCUCAGCAGCGGUAUUUUAGGUGUAUAAAUUCUACAAUGAUAAGAUUUUUGCAAAUUAUUCUGUUGCAUUUCUCCUUGUUUCCUACAUUUUAUUGAUUUUCUUUCACUAUACUUCAGUGACAUGUUCUGCUGUGUUUCUAUUUGUUCUCAUUUGCAAUGUUCUCUGCUUUCUAGUUGAUGUUUUGCUCAAGGCUGUUGGGGAUACCCCUAUAAUGAAAACCAAGAAAUGGGCAGUAGAGAGAACACGCACAAUCCAAGCCCUUAUUGACUUCAUCAAAAAGUUUCUCAAACUAGUGGCCUCGGAACAGCUGGUAAGUGACGUCCUCACUUCCCUAUUUAGGAAUAUGAGAGUCAUCAGUAAGAGCCUAAUCAGAGUAGGAUGCUGCUGGGAAGCUUACAAGCAGGGUUUGAAGGCACCAAAUAUUCCCUCUAGUUUGUCCCCACCUAUCUCCAAAAUAUAUACUUGAUGAGUUCUGAGUCCCCAAAUCUAUUUGGAAGUUUACUGCUAUGCACAUGGGUAAGCUUUUCCAAGGUUAUUUCUCAUAGUAGUAGAAUAGUGGCUUUAGAUAUUUUAAAUUACCUCUAUCGGUUUCAUUAAAUCUAGGCUGAGCUGAGAUCCUGAGUGGAUGUAACUUGAAACUAAAUGUAAUGUGGGCAUCUUCAAGGGAAUGAUUGCGGUUCCAGCUAUACAUUUAUGCUGUUGUCAAAAAUGACAAAAGACAGAGAAAUAUAGACGCUAUUAAACUUGAACUAUGAGAAAACAGAUGUUAGAUGAAAUGGUUGUAUGGGUGCAAAAGUAGCCACAUGUUAUAUACUAGCAGUGGUUUUAGUUCACAAAUGCUAACCCAGUUCUGAAAUGAUUGUUGUGUUGAAACUGAAUAUUUUAAUAUUGAAUCACGACUCACAAUGUUUGAUCAAGAGCCAUGAACACCAAACAUAGUUGGACUCAUAUCCAAUCCAGCUUUCCUGCAAAGCUUUAACAAAUAGCCACUUAGCAACUAUCCAUAAAGGAGCUUCGGUUGUGGCCAAGCAGUUAUCCUGAUAGCAAGUUAUCUUUUCUUUUACUCCUGUUAUCAAAGGACUUCAAGUAGCUAUGAGCUGGAGGUGGGCUGGAGGAGGAGCAAACUCCUGUCAACUCUUAAGUCCUCAGGCCAGUAAAUAUGGGUAGACUGGCUUCCUCCUUUGAACAAUAAAACUAAUGGACCUAUUCCUCAUAGUGGUGCAGCAAUAAAACUGCUAACACAUUUGCAAAGCUUAGCAGGGCCCAGUAUAGUUUAAAUUGGAUGAGGGAAGCUUGUUGAGAUUCCUGCCUUUGCAGGACUAGAUGACCCUCAGAGUCCCUUCCAACUUGACAAUUCUAUGGUUCUUGGGUUCUUCGCCCUUGUUGAACCUUCAGCUUAUAGCUGGCUGUAGACUGUUCUUCUCUUAGCCCUGUAAUUGCAGUGACAGGAUGCUGAGGUAACAUGGGAGAGAAUAUUGUCUGAUAAAAGUUUUCUGUUUAAACAGAGUAACUUCCUCUAAAACUUACCAAGUAUCUCUUUCUCAUACAGUUUAUUUAUGUGAAUCAGUCUUUUGCUCCUUCACCAGACCAGGAAGUUGGAACACUAUAUGAGGUAAUUUGCAGCUUCUAAGUAUUUCCUUUUCUCUUCUUUGCAUUAGAAACUAAGGCAGGCGUAGGCAAACACGGCCCUCCAGAUGUUUUGGGACUACAACUCCCAUCAUCCCUAGCUAACAGGACCAGUGGUCGGGGAUGAUGGGAAUUGUAGUCUCAAAACAUCUGGAGGGCCGAGUUUGCCUAUGCCUGAACUAAGGACACCAUUCAAUUGUUUGGAUAAGGCAAAGGUUGCCCUGCCCAGAACAACUGCACCGGCACAGAGCUCUCUGUUCCACCCACUAAAAGGACAGUCCUACUAGUAUCAAUCCACAAAAGGGUAUUCCAGAGAGGGAGGGAAUGUGGCUGAGCCAGCCUGGAAUCCAUUAGCCAGCUCUUCUUGGGCCCAAUGAAGGGUGCAAUGCUUUUACCAGCUUCAGGCUGGCAUAGCCCAGAGCAGGCUUUUACCUGCCCUUCCAAAUACAGUAGUGGUUCAGGGAGUCUCACUGCCUGCUCUGGAGUCUGGAUUGCUCUGCAAGAUGUUUCAGUUUGAUUACCAUUUCACUCCAUGUCUGCGGUAGCAAAUGCUGCAUGUAACUUUCAAAGUAUGUUGUCAACAGGUGGCAGCAUUUCAUAAGAAACCUUCAGUAGAAUGUUGACACUUUAUACUGUAUAUUAGGCUGUAUAAUAGCGACCCAACAGUUUAUAGGUUUAAUUAAAUAUUAAAUUUGUUUAACUCCUCUGUUUCUUGUUCUGUUGCAGUGUUUUGGAAGUGAUGGCAAGCUUGUACUGCAUUAUUGUAAAUCUCAGGCCUGGGGAUGAAUUAGGAGCUACAAGUGCUUGGGAUUCUUAGAAAAUGAAUGGGCUAUAAAGAUCUUCAGAAACAUUCCCCAGGGACAAACUGAAGAAAUGUCUGCAUUGUUACCCAUGGAGUUCACUUUAUUCUCCCUAUUUUCUCUACUUGUCAGUAUAGGAGAUAAAUACAAGAACUACGUAGCCUCCCGGCUUCCAUUUUCUUCAUUUGAUCACUUGCUUUGUGCAAAUAAUUGUGUGUGUGCCAUCUGUACAGCUGAGCUGCCUGUCCUUGCUCCAGGACUUGUUUUGAAAGGAUACUAUCUCCUGACUUGGAGAGUACAUGGAUCAUUAUUUCAUCAGGCUGCAUGGAAGUUUACAGCCUCCCUUUUAGGAUAUUUAUUGUAGAUGGGCAGCUGAAGUAUCUGUAUAUGCAUAAAAUAGUUACAUUUACUUAUGACUAUUUGUUUUAAACACAGUUGCUGGGAUUUAACUUUGGAAUCUGUAGUCCCAAAGAGACUUUAGGAUGGUGUUUCUCAAGCAGCAGCCCUCGCAGCUAAUCUCCUUCCUUCCCCUUGUUCACUACACAACAAAGUAUAUACAAUGAAAUGCAGAAAUAUAAAUGUAGGAAUAUUGGGCAGCUUUGAGAAUAAAGGUUAUCAUUUAACAAAUUA